GCACGCCACCACCUACAUCUACUCCAAUGACUCAAGAACCGAAAACUUCCACGACGGCAACUACUCUUCCUCCUUGGAGCACUACAACCACCCAGUCACCUGCGAUCUGCACAUCGACUGCAGGGCCUGUUCUCACAAGCGCAGAUCCCUCUACAAGUGGAGCAUCGGAAACGUUUUCUACCAGCACAACAACUACGUCGGUACCGCUCACAACCACAAAGACGACAACAGUGACCACCGUGUCAAGUGUAUGGGAGCAGUGCGUGAGUCCCUGGAGCCAGUGGUCAGGCAUCUAUGGCUUUGGCACGCAGGAGAGGACGCGCCGUGUGCUGAGGGAUGACAUCGACUGUCCUGAGGCCAACACUUUGCUGGAGACAAGACAGGUGGACAACUUGCGAGACAGCAGAGGGCGAUUUGUUUUUGAUGAUAUGACUUUAGUCAGUGGUAAUUUCUACCAUGACUUCGUGCAACCAACACGUGGCCUGCCCCGAGACCUGCUCGUCAUCAUUGACUCCUCAGCCUCCAUUCCAGACUCCGAGUUUGAAGCAGUUAAAAAUGGUCUGAAGGUCUUGAUUGACGUGCUUUGUGGCAGCUUCGGCUUAGGCAGCAACAACAACAGGAUGUCAAUCAUCCAGUUCUCGUCCGAGAGCAAACAAGUUCACCAAUUCCGGGAGCCUCAGAGUCGCGACGCCCUGUUGGCCGCAGUGGACAGCAUGCAGCACAUGAGGAGCUCCACGUGCACUGGUACCGCGCUCGAGAUGGGCUACCACGCUUUUGACCCCUUAAACGGUGCUCGGUCGACUGGUCAUGUUGCUCACGAAACCUUGCUCAUCACAGACGGAAGGUCCAACUGCGGUCCUGACAUCAAAGAGGCUUCCCUCCUUCUCCAGAGCCGCUCCACUGUCUUUGCUCUGGCCAUCGACCUGGGCUACGAUCUUAAGGCUGCCAAAGAACUGCAAGCCAUUGUUUCCACAGAAAGCCCUCGCUAUCUGUUCUCUCUGGCCAACUUCCAGGACUUUAACGAAAUGGUGCGCAUGGUGCAGGUUAGCAAGACUAGCAGUACGUGCUUGGAACUAGAAAACACAAAUGACAGCUAAGACUGAACAUUGCAGCUUCAAAAUUUCUGACACCUUGGAAAAAAUACCCCGCUUUCUCUCCACCACCACCAGCCCCCGCCACACACACAAGAUAACAAGCACAGAUGUAAAUAACGAUAGUAACGGACGUACACAUCAAAGUCAAGUAUCUUGGCUGGCUCUGAGGAAAGUUCCCUUAGUGACAGCUUCACUAGGACUUCAACAUUUUCUUCUAUGUGAUCGAAGUCUGGAUCUGGAAGAUUCCACAUCCUGGAAGUCAGCUGGUGUCAUAUUGUAAUACGGUUGAUGUGAUUCACUCCAGUCACUAUCAACCUGACCAAGUAUUCGGUCCAAAGCUGCUGUAUCGUUGGCAUAGACACUUGAAUUCCUCUGACAUGUCAUCUACAAAAACAAGUCAGCAUUUAAACCGAUAUAGUGACCGAUGCUUCCAUCCUCCCAGUUGAAAAAAACUUUGUAGGGGCAGUGGUCUGGGUUAGUGACAUUUGUCAUGUCCAGUAAGCUGCAGUUCUUUUGUCCAGUGAAAGGAAAUGCUCUCUUAUUUUUUUACUUUCGCAAUGGAGGCUAUAGACUAGCAACCAACCUUAUAGCACAAGACUGUACGGGCAUUUAGAAUUAUAGCACCGUGCUAUCACGGACUUGUAUUACUGGACUGCUGGCAGACGGUUCCCCCCUCCCCAGUUAACUGCUAAAACGAGGCAUGAGACUACAAAGCUUCCGGUUUAGUCACAUUUUUUGUUUAGGCUCACCGAGACUAACAGCGGAGAACGUUGCAAGACGCUAAACGUUGGUCUCGGCAGACAGACAGCAGUCCACCUACACACGUCCAUGGUGCUAUUUUCUGUGACUAGGUCCUGAAUAGGUCCUGUACCCAGCUACACACCUUUUAUAUCCUCAGUUUUGAUGUAGGUGUUUUUGCUUAGCUAAUUUUAUUGUCUUUGGCAUUCCAAGCUUUGACAAGAUAAACACGGCAUUCGGAAAAUGGAAAUGCGCAUGUCUGAUGGCCUUUUGGUCUUAUUUUCGUUUAGGGUAAGAAGUGCAGGCUCGACGUGCAUGCCAGUUCAAGUCGUUUAGAUAGUUACACAUUGCAUAAAAUCAAAUAAUAUUUGAAUUAUGGAGGUAGAAGAAAAUCAUUAUAGCAAUAUACACGAGUCUCCGCUAUCUCAGUCAACCGCGGGUAUAGCUGACCAAAUAACCGCUAAUACAGCAAAAUAAACAACGAAUAACUCACGUGGAAAAGACAAGUUAUGUUGUACAUAAAGUCUUACAACAAGAAACUGAACACUUCUUAUAGCAUUCCUAUAAUAACUGAUUUUUUUCAUGUAAGAAAUGUGUAUCUAUUUUACAUAUAUCACGAGUAAAUAUUAAAAUAACUAUU